UUCUUAUUUUUCGUCUUCCGUGACCGGUGUCUCCUCUCAUCGGAUCCCCUUCUUCCAGGCGUCGAUUUCUUUUCCAGCGUCUGCCGCUGCAUCUGCGUUGAGUCGCUGACAUUUUCGAGCGCAGAGACUCACACGUCCUUCUUCGUGUGUUUCCCCGUUUUCGUUUUAUUCCACUAUUUUUCCUUCGUUGCCUGGCGCGCAAACUUCUCAUCCUUCCCCCCGCCCCCCUCUGCGGCUGGCAAAGCGAAAACGGGGAAACUGUUCUCGGGGAUCCUCUUGACUCUUCUCUCUCCUCGCCCACAAUUUUCUCCGCGCUCUUUCACUUCCUCUCUUGGGUGCUCGUCCUCUUCCCUCGUUCCUCUAGCAGUUCGGUCCUUCUCUCUUCUUCUCUUCUUCGCUGUGCUCUCUUCUCGCCUCUUCACUUGCGCCUCUGUCGCCGUCUGCGUCUUGUUCUCUCACCAUGCCUCCUCCUCGCCCUUCUUCGCGCUCCCUUUCGUCGGACGCGCUGCUGCUUGCGCAGGCGGCGUCCUCGCUGGUUGUGCCGCUUGGCGCGGACUCCGCGCUUUCCUCUCUGCUGCCUCCGGAGUCUUCUCCGUGUCAGCGGUUGCUGCACCAGUCUGCGCAGUCUCUGGACGACUCGGUCGAGUACUUUGCUCUGCUGCACCGUCUAGGCGACGACGCAGAAACCGUCGCUGGACCUGCUAAGUUUAUCUACCAAGGCACUGGCUUCCGCCGCGCCUCCCUCUCACCUUCGGGUGCCCCCGAGGCGAGCGAAAGAGAGGAUGAAAGCGCGCAGCCGAGACGCCGUCCAGCAGACGCUCGAAGCCUCGUGGGGGUUGCUUGCUCGCAGGGCGUCUCGUACGACUGGCUGCUUGCUCUCGGAUGCCUGAACUGCGGCCGGUCCGUCACUGUCGCUGACGAUCUGCUGCCGCUCCUGGAGGAGGAGGAUAGGCUCGACGCGUCCGCAGCGCUCGUCUGCAGAGGCUGUGGUCACCACAUCGCGCCUCUCCACGGCGCAAAUGAGUCGGACUCGCUCGUCGACUGCAUGCAGCAAAGUCGCCGAAGGCACCAAGCGGAAGCCGCCGACGCAGAACUCAACGGAGAACGCAAAACAGAUGUGAAGAGGGAGAACAAAGGCGCAAACAGGGGAGACGGAGGCGAGCUCGGAGAGACGGCAAACGCGGCAACUGCGAGUCGAGCGUUAACCGAAGACGGCGUUUACCUGUUCGGCCAGAGGAAACAGCACAGACUGGGAGACUUCUCGAAGAGAUGGUGGCAACAGCGAUUCCUCGGCGAGCGAUUUGGAGAGCGGCUGCUCGAGCAGCAACUGCGUCUUGUUCAGGCCUUCUCCGGCGCGAAGAAGGGUGUUGUCUGCAAGGAAACCUGUGAGGCUUGUGGGCAUGGCGAGGCCUUCUUCUCCACCUUCCAAGCACGCAGCGCGGACGAAGGAAUGACUGUCAUGUACGAAUGCGUCAAGUGUGGCCAUCGGCGCGUCUUCAACAACUGAGGCGGAGGUCGAGACGAGCUUGAGAGCUCACCGCGCUCCGUCGCGUCCGCAGACACAAGCAUCUUUCCUCAGAUCUCCAUGCAUGCUCUAAUCGCAUCUGCCUUGCUUUAUAUUCACGUUGGCAUACACAGAGGUACAGACAAAGAUGGACAUACGCGUACUCACAUUGAUACAUACUCGUAUAUUCAAAUACACACGCAUAUACAUAGACAUAUAUGUGUUUAUACAUAUGUACACGUAUCCAUAUAUAUACAUGUGCAUAUAUAUAUAUAUAUAUAUAUGUGUGUAUGUAUGUAUCUCUCCGUCUACAGGUGUGGCUACAAAUACAUGUGUGUAUAUGGAUGUUUAUGGAUGUAUAUGCAAGCGUGUAUUUUCCGUCUGUCUCUAUAUUCUAUGUGUAUAUUGGUGGCUGCUCUUGGGGGCUGUCUCGUGGAGAUGUGCGAACCUAAAGGUUGAAUUUCUAGGAUUUCUAUGAUGGCGAAUGAGUCUUAGAAGCGAAGACAUGGCGUUCAGCGGAGUUUUGACGUGCAUGCAGCGCGUAAGCUGUUUGCCGUGUUGUGAACGAGAAGUUCCGUUUUUUUACGGUUCUCGCCUGCUUUUCUUCCCUAAACAUUCUCCAGCACUGCCAGGGAGAUCUGUGGCUCGUCUCGCGCUGCGUCGGUGCUUUUCUGAAGACGACGGCGUAUUGUUUCUUUGUCGCAGUUCGUCAUCUUUUUUAGUUGUCUUUGUUUUCUCCAACGGUCGUCUCGCCCCGGACCCGGUGCUCUUUUCCCGCUCCUCGUGGUCGUUUCGUCUCGGGUAUGUGACUUCUCUCCUCUCUCUCUCUUCUUUUUUGUUUUCUCUUCGGGUGUCGGUGGGGUAUCAUCGUCACAGCUUCUUCUCGACUUGAGCGUUUCUUCUUUCUCCCUGCGCUUCCCUUCUUCUCAUCCCCUCUCGUCUCGAGGGGUGUGUCGAACUCGCCGCUUCUCCUCCUGCGUGGAAGACGUUCGAUUCUCUGUUCCUCGCGAUUGCUCUCGUGUCUCAGUGUGACCUCCCUCCGCGUCGCCUUCCGCUCUUUCUUCGGUUCGCUACUCCUCGCUUCUUGUCUCUCUAAAACCUUCGUUUCUCAGCCUCGACACGAAGAAGGACCCUGUGUCCACCUAGAUCAAUGCUCAGUUGUAUCCUUCCAUGUACACACACAUCCAUAUGUAUAUAUAAAUGAGAG